CAGAGUCAGUCCACAGUGAGGAGACAUGACGAGCGCAGGAGUCUUCAUGUGGACGCUGGUCGCUCUGACGACAGCGGAGACAGCCAUGCUCGGGAACAAUGGGAGGGUAAAACGUUCACAUUUCUCUUCCUCUUCUUCUUCCUCCUCUUCAUUGUCUUGGUCCUCAUCGUCUUCAUUCUCCUCCUCUUUUGAAAAUUCAGAUGGACUCUGUCUUCACGGAGGUUCAUCAGUUCCGUCGUUGACGAGCGGUGAACACAUGUUCUGUUUGUGUGCUGAUGGGUUUGAGGGAAGCCGCUGUGAAACAGUGAAAGGAGGUCAGUGCUACGAGGGCGUCGGCCUCUACUACAGAGGCUCAGAGUCUAAAUCAGAGAGUGGAUUGACCUGUGAGACAUGGGACGCCGACAUCAGGGAGCGUUACCUGUCCUCAGACGUCAACGCAGGGAGACACAACUACUGCAGAAACCUUUUCUACCAACGGCGUCCGUGGUGUUACGUGUGGAGGAACCAGCAGCUGGUGAGGGAGUACUGCAAUAUCCCGCGCUGCGGCUCAGACUCACCUCCGCCUUUACCUGCACCGACCGAGCCACAGCCAGCUGCAGAGUGGACAUGUGGUCAGCGCAGCAGACGGAAGCUUCUGAAGAUCGUUGGUGGAAAAGUUUCCACGGUGGAAUCUCACCCGUGGAUCGCUGCCAUAUUUGUGCGCAGCAAAUCCAAGGAGAAGGUUUUCCGCUGUGGCGGGAGUCUGAUCUCCGCCUGCUGGGUCCUCACGGCCGCCCACUGCUUCCCCCACGGCUCCCACGACAAACCGCAGCGUUUCUCUGUGACCCUGGGGAAGAACGCUCUCAACGAGACGGACCGGACUGUGGAGCAGAACUUCAGGGUGGAGAAAAUCAUCGUCCACGAGGACUACGACAACAGCGAGGGCAACUUUAACAACGACGUGGCCCUGAUGAAGCUGAAGCCCAGACGAGGUAAAUGUGCGGCGGAGAGUAAAUCGGUGAAGAUUGUGUGUCUGCCAUCGCCUCAGCAGAUCAUCCAGCCCGGCGUCACCUGUGAGAUCGCAGGAUACGGGAAAGAGAAACAGGGUCUGUGGUAUAAGUCUCAGUAUCUCAGAGAAGCCUGGGUGAACGUCUUCGCCGACGACGUGUGUCGACACAAGGACUAUUAUGAAAACUUGAUCACUGACAACAUGUUUUGUGCCGGGAGACUCGACUGGAGCCAGGACGCCUGCGAGGGAGACUCUGGAGGGCCUCUGGUGUGCGAGCUCGACGGCAGGCUCUUCCAGUUCGGGAUCAUCAGCUGGGGCGACGGCUGUGCCAAGGAGCUGCGACCCGGCGUCUACACCAAAGUGACCAACUACAAGCAGUGGAUCGAGGAGAAGACGGGCCUCAGGGUCGGAGCCGCGCUCCCACAGAAGUGAACGUGAAGCUGCUGUCGCUUUUAAAUCAGUUUAAGUCGGCGAUGACGAUGUCUUCAGAACACGUUCACGUCUUUAUCUCUCUAUGGGCUUUGGUGUGGGAGAGUGA